UUCAUUUCAUUGGCUUUCUAAAAGCAAACAGACUUCAUUUAACUUUACCUUCUCUCUGCAAUCACAUGUAUUCUCCAUCCCCUACAUUCAAGCACUCUUUCUAGACUUCUAGUGCUCCAGUUUAUCACUUCAGUUUUAAUUUCCAAGAACCACGUCUACCUCCACUUCACAUUGCAUGAUCUGGGAAAAUUAGUGUGGGAAAGAUUCCGGAAUGACAAGGUUUGCCCGAGGAUUUAGUUACACAGUGCAAAAGGAUGCCGUCUCACCGGUGUCAGCAGAUGUGGUUUUUGCUUCUACUCGUUUUCCAAGAUACACAAUUGGAAUGAACAAUCAGAUUGUCGAAGUCAAAGAAGAUUUGAACACACUUUCUACAAAGGACUUGGUUGCACGAGAGAAUGCAUUGUUUCUGGAGCAGCAACAACGCCUCUCAGUACGUGAUCUUGCAAGCAAAUUCGAGAAGGGUUUGGCAGCUGCUGCAAAGCUAUCUGAUCAGGCGAGACUUAAAGAGGCAGCUUCAUUGGAGAAACAUGUGAUUCUGAAGAAACUCAGGGAUUCUCUCGAAGCUCUGAAAGGCCGAGUUGGUGGCAAGAACAACGAUGAUGUCGCAGAUGCUAUAUCCAUUGUCGAAUCCCUAGCAUUUCAGUUGACUCAGAGGGAAGGCGAGCUUAUUCAAGAGAAGGCUGAAGUCAAAAGGCUCGCUACCUUUUUAAAGCAGGCUUCUGAAGAGGCUAAGAAGCUUGUUGAUGAAGAACGAGCUUUUGCAAAGGCAGAAAUCGAGAAUGCUAAAGCCGCAGUGCAGAGAGUGGAAGAAGCUCUUCAGGAACAUGAACGAAUGUCUAGAGCUGCAGGAAAGCAGGACUUGGAUGAGUUGAUGAAGGAUGUCCAAGAGGCUAGGCGGAUCAAAAUGCUGCAUCAGCCUAGUAAGGUCAUGGACAUGGAACACGAAUUGCGUGCAUUAAGGACUCAACUUGUGGAAAAGUCGAAGCAUUCACUAAAGCUCCAGAAAGAGCUUGCAAGCAAAAAGGGCAAUGAAAACUUGCUUCGUUUGUACGAUAUAGAUGGCACUGAGGCACUGGGUUCAUGUCUGCGGAUAUAUCCUUGUUCCGAUAGUGCUCCGGAGCUUUCUGAAUGCACUAUUCAGUGGUUUCGCACUACUUCUGAGGAUGGCAAAAAAGAACUUAUAUCAGGGGCCAACAAAUCUGUAUAUGCUCCGGAACCUUUUGACGUUGGAAGAGUACUGCAGGCGGAUAUCUCGACUGAUGAUCAGACUAUUACUUUAUCAACUUCUGGUCCUAUUGAUCCUGCUGCAGGAUUGGGAAACUAUGUAGAGGCAUUGGUGCGGAGGCAUGACACCGAAUUCACUGCACUCCUUAUCCAGAUGAAUGGAGAAGAUCAUCCUUCACAGUCAAUCCAUGUGCUUCAUAUAGGAAAGAUGAGAAUAAAACUCAGCAAAGGGCAAACAACUAUAGCUAAGGAGUACUAUUCCAAUUCAAUGCAGCUUUGUGGAAUUAGAGGUGGUGGGAACGCUGCAGCUCAGUCAGUAUAUUGGCAAGCAAAGACGGGAUUGUCCUUCAUCUUAGCAUUUGAGUCAGAACGAGAAAGAAACGCAGCCAUCAUGCUGGCAAGAAGAUUCGCAUUUGAUUGCAACAUUGCGCUUGCUGGGCCAGACGACAGAACUGGUGAAGGAAGUUGCUGAGCUUGUUUUAGAGUCUCUUUUACCAGUUCCCAUUUUUCCAGUGAAUAUAUUUGAAGUUUAUUGUCUUUGUUGUGUUUAGCAGCUUGGUUGCCUUGUUCCUAUUUGUCCCAUUUUUAUUUUAUUGAUUGAUUUAUUUCCAUUUCAACUGUAUGAUAGAGAUCAUACAGAAGUACUGAGAGAAAUAUCUGAUUGUGACUAUUGUUGUAAUGACUAUAGUUCGUGUCUUGCGACGAAGUGCUAUCCCGUGUUCGACUGA